AUGCGUCGAGUUCCAGCCGCCACGCUCUUCAGCGCCGAUCCUAGCACGGACAACCUGCAUCGCUUCGAGACAUCUUGGCUGUUGCCUCCGACUCUACUCGCUGCUCUGCGCGGCCUCAUCUCGCUCUAUAUCUUCACCACGAUCAUUGUCAUCUGGGCCUGGUAUGGUACUCACGAUGAUCGCGUUGAUAUCGGCGAGACUUUCAGCUACUUCACCUGGUUGACCUACUGGGGCCUGGGCUUUUACUUUCUGUUCUCGGCCAUCCACACAGCCUGCUAUGCGUGGACAGGACGCUCCGUGCUCUUCGACCGCUGGCCACGCUUCUUUCGUGUGCUUCACACCCUGUUUUAUGCGACUGUCACCACCUUCCCAUUCCUGGUGACCAUCGUCUUCUGGGUCAUCCUUUUCACACCGCCGUUCUACAAGCAGACCUUCCCCCGCUGGUCGAAUAUCUCUCAACACGGCCUCAACUCCUUCUACGCCCUGCUUGAAAUUAUCCUCCCAGCCACCGCUCCACACCCCUUCAUCGCGAUCCCCGUUCUCAUCCUGAUCUUGUUGCUCUACCUCUGCGUCGCAUACAUCACCUACCACACCGAGGGCUUCUACACGUACGGCUUCCUGGACACUGAGGGUGGGAAGAAGAGCGGCAUCGUCACCGGCUACUGCUUCGGAAUCCUUGCUGCUAUCCUGGUUAUCUUCCUGGUUUCUUGGUCUCUGAUCUGGCUGCGGAAGCGGUUGACUGGCAGUAAGAUUAAGAGAGCUGCGCGUGAUCCCUUGCGCGCACAGGGCGAGUUUGUCGAUGCGCCGGUGGAUAUGCAGGAGCGGGCGAACGAGCCGAAAUAUCCAGAUGUGUCAGUGUAG